GUUUGAUCUGCCACCACUUAUCCUUUUUUCAAUGGAUGGGUUUAGAGCUGAAUACUUGCAAACUUGGAGUUCUUUGCUGCCAAAUAUUGAAAAACUCAAAACAUGUGGCACGCAUUCAAAAUACAUGAGAGCUGUUUACCCCACGAAAACUUUUCCAAACCACUAUACUAUUGUCACAGGAUUGUAUCCAGAAUCUCAUGGUAUUGUUGAUAACAACAUGUAUGAUGUAGACUUGAACAAGCAUUUCUCACUUUCAUCGACAGAAAAAUUCAACCCUUCAUGGUGGAAGGGGCAGCCAGUCUGGCUGACAGCAAUGUACCAAAAUUUGAAAGCAGGUACCUUCUUUUGGCCAGGCUCUGAUGUUCUGAUUAAUGGAACAUACCCCACCUUCUACAAUGUAUACAAUAGUUCGAUUACAUAUGAAGAGAGAAUUUCAAGAAUAUUGAAAUGGCUUGAUUACACCAAAUCUGAGAGGCCUGAUUUCUACACUUUGUAUAUUGAAGAACCAGAUUCUUCUGGACAUUCUUUUGGACCAGUUAGUGGUGGUGUACUUAAAGCCCUACAGCUAGUAGAUGAAGCACUGGGGAUGCUAAUGGAAGGACUUAAACAAAGAAACCUGCACAAAUGUGUAAACCUCAUUGUUGUAGCUGAUCAUGGGAUGGAGUCAACUUACUGCACACAGUUAGAAUAUAUGACUAAUUACUUCGAACAGAUUGAUUUCUACAUAUAUGCUGGGCCUGCAGCUCACAUUCGAGCAAGAAAUGUUCCGGAGGACUAUUAUACCUUUGACUCAGAAGGAAUUGUUAAAAACCUCACAUGCAAAAAAUCCCCUCAGUACUUCAAGCCUUAUCUGACUCCUGACUUGCCAAAACGACUCCACUAUGCUAACAACAUUCGUAUUGAUAAAGUUCAUCUUUUGGUGGAUCGACAGUGGCUGGUUGUGAGGGACAGCAGUUACACAUACUGUGAUGGGGGUAACCAUGGUUAUAACAACCAAUUUAAAAGUAUGGAGGCUAUAUUCUUAGCAUAUGGCCCAAGCUUUAAAGAGCAAACAGAAGUGGAUGCUUUUGAAAAUAUCGAGGUUUACAACCUUCUGUGUGAUUUGUUGCAUAUAACACCAGCGCCAAAUAAUGGAACACAUGGCAGUUUGAACCACCUCUUAAAAAACCCUUUUUAUAAUCCUUCACAUGCAGAAGAAGUCUCAUUUCCUUCUUCAUGCCCAGUUUCCCGUCUGACUCCCAUAGAUGAACUGGGAUGCACAUGUAUGCAUGAAUCAAAUAUUUCAGUACUAAAUGAGAGGUUAAAUCUCACUACAGAAGAAAUUAGGGAGGCAAACUCAUAUCAUUUGCCAUAUGGAAGACCCAUAGUUCUGCAGAAGGAAAAUGUCUACUGCCUCCUUUCCCACCAUCAGUACGUGAGCGGAUACAGCUAUGAUAUCUGGAUGCCACUGUGGACUGCAUACACUGUGAAUAAGCCUGAAAACACAUCUCCUCUUCCUCCCACUGUUUCAGACUGUCUGCGGGCUGAUGUUAGAAUCCCUGUUGCUCGGAGCCAAAAUUGUUCCAACUACCCAGAAGGGCUGACCUUCACCCGCAGUUUCCUCUAUCCUCCCAACUUCAAUUCAUCUGUUCUUGAACAGUAUGAUGCCUUACUCACCAGCAAUAUUGUUCCCAUGUAUAGAGCUUUCAGAGAUCUGUGGGACUAUUUCCAUAAUGUGCUUCUUCAGGAGUAUGCUAGAGAAAGGAAUGGAGUCAAUGUUAUCAGUGGACCAGUGUUUGAUUACAAUUAUGAUGGCCAUUUUGAUACUUUUGAUGAAAUUAAACAGCAUGUAAACAAUACAGAAAUCCCUGUCCCAACCCAUUACUUUGUGAUUCUGACUAGCUGCAAGAACAGGUCCUAUACUCCACUGGACUGUUCAGGCUCCUUGGAUGCUCUGUCUUUUAUCAUUCCUCAUCGACCUGACAACACUGAAAGCUGUGCUGAAAAUAAGACGCUGUCUGAAUGGGUUGAAGAAAGAGUUCAGGCUCAUUCUGCCCGUGUUCAGGAUGUGGAGCUGCUAACUGGGCUUGACUUUUACCAGGAAAGAAAUGAACCUGUCUCUGAGAUCUUGCAGCUAAAAACAUUUUUGCCAACAUUUGAGACUGAAAUUAACUGA